AUGGCAGGAUUGGAAGGCGCAUUUUUCGGGAUCGAUCUGUCUGAUACAGACCGUCACCGUUCGCUGCAACGACUAGAAGCGGAAGAGCAGACUGAAACCUAUGAUUUGUCCCAGCUGCAUGUCGAUACUAGGAAACUGGUCCAGGAAAUCCAAAAAAGAACCAACAGAAUCAGGAGCGAGAUUUCUGGUACUCUCGAGGGUAUUGAGAAGGCCUACUGGUACAAAAAGUACGGUGGCGCCGCUAUGCUCAGGGCAUUUCGAAGCGAGAUCGAUGGAACUGCGACGCAGGUGCCGGUUGGGCAAGGUCUCGGAACGGCGGUCCGACUCUACAUGAACAUCAUAUGGCUUACAGAGAUUGUUCAGAAGCAUUAUCCCGACCGAGGACCGCCCCUUCCUCCACUCUGGAGGUCAUACAUGGCGAUGCGGGUUUAUCUUGAGCUUUCGCCGAUGAGGUUCUUGUUAGUCCUGGACAGGCUGGCUAUCAGGAAUCAACUCGAGAGGACAACGAGAAACAACCGUCGUCGUGCAUCUGAGAGCGAUCGAGACAUUCAAGAACUUAGGAGCCUUGAUAAACAAUACCGAGACGACAGCAACGCCUUUCAGCAGGUGAUGCGUCAGCUGUCCCGAGCCCUCCAGUUUGCACUUGCAAAGGCAGAAGGACCCGAAGCUGUGAGGAUUCUACAGGAGGACCCAACACAGCCCACACAAGCUCGGGCAUGGCCGAUACUGAGAGAUGACAUUGUGGCAAGUGACCCUGAUCUUGACCUUGCUGAACUUGAGAUUCCUCCUCAAGAUUGUUCCGUCUGGGCUCUACUUCCACUGUUGUGCAGGAAAGGAGCUUCGGGCGCGAAGUGA